AUGCGAGCUGUGGCAAGAAGGUUUGCUGUGUCUGUCAGCGUAGUGUCCAGAGCAUGGAGACGCUACCAGGAGGCAGGCCAGUACAUCAGGAGACGUGGAGGAGGCCGUCCCAUGCAGGAGACGGUGUUUGACUUCUGGGGGAUGGUGUGGCAGGAGAACACUGCUGCUAUCGUCAUGGUCACCAACCUGGUUGAAGUGGGCAGGGUGAAAUGCUGUAAGUACUGGCCAGACGACACAGAGAUCUACAGAGACAUCAAGGUGACCCUCAUAGAGACGCAGCUACUGUCAGAGUACGUCAUACGGACCUUCGCUGUCGAGAAGAGAGGAGCCCAUGAGAUCCGCGAGAUCCGUCAGUUCCACUUCACAGGGUGGCCGGACCACGGGGUGCCCUACCACGCUACUGGCCUCCUGGGCUUUGUACGUAGGGUCAAGGCGAAGACACUCAGCAACGCUGGGCCCAUGGUCAUCCACUGCAGCGCGGGGGCAGGCCGAACGGGCUGUUUCAUAGUGAUCGACAUCAUGCUGGACAUGGCAGAGAGAGAGGGCGUGGUGGACAUCUAUAACUGUGUCAGAGAGCUGCGCUCCAGGAGAGUCAACAUGGUGCAGACUGAGGAGCAAUAUGUCUUCAUCCACGACGCCAUCUUGGAGGCGUGUCUUUGUGGUGACACCACCAUUCCAGCCAAUCAGCUGCGCUCGGUCUACUAUGAAAUGAACCGAUUGGACCCCCAGACCAACUCCUCCCAGAUCAAAGAGGAGUUCCGGACUCUGAACAUGGUGACUCCUACGUUGCGGGUGGAGGACUGUAGUAUCGCUCUGCUCCCCAGGAACCACGAGAAGAACCGCUGUAUGGAUGUUCUUCCUCCUGACCGCUGUCUGCCCUUCCUCAUCACCAUCGACGGAGAGAGCUCCAACUACAUCAACGCUGCUCUUAUGGACAGUUAUAAGCAGCCGUCAGCGUUCAUCGUGACCCAACAUCCUCUACCCAACACAGUGAAGGAUUUCUGGAGGCUGGUGUUGGACUACCACUGCACCUCCAUAGUGAUGCUCAAUGAUGUCGACCCUGCACAGCUCUGUCCUCAGUACUGGCCAGAGAACGGCGUGCAUCGCCAUGGGCCAAUCCAAGUGGAGUUUGUCUCAGCUGAUCUGGAGGAGGACAUAAUCAGUAGAAUAUUCCGGAUCUACAACGCAGCACGGCCUCAGGACGGGUACCGUAUGGUGCAACAGUUCCAGUUCCUGGGUUGGCCAAUGUACCGAGACACUCCCAUGUCCAAACGCUCCUUCCUCAAGCUCAUCAGACAGGUGGACAAAUGGCAGGAGGAGUAUGAUGGAGGAGAGGGACGCACUGUGGUGCACUGUCUUAACGGAGGAGGCCGCAGUGGGACGUUCUGUGCCAUCAGCAUCGUGUGUGAGAUGUUACAACAUCAACGUUCUGUAGACGUUUUCCACGCCGUCAAAACACUGAGGAACAACAAACCCAACAUGGUCGACCUACUGGAUCAGUACAAGUUCUGCUAUGAAGUGGCUCUGGAGUAUUAGAACUGUGGAUGAACAACAGUCUCAGCCUGGACGCAGAACUGUGGAUAAACAACCGUCUCAGCCUGGACGCAGACCUGUGGAUAAACAACCGUCUCAGCCUGGACGCAGAACUGUGAACGACAC